GGCUAGACAGAGCAGAGGGACAUGUUGGAGACAGACAGAACGGGAGUAUCUUUCGGGAAGUAGGGCUAACGUACGCCCUUUCAGAGAUGGGCUUUCUCUCCCAAAGAGGCAAGAGAAUAACUUGAACUGCAGAGUUACAUCCUGGGCUAAAUUGGUGUCAUUGAACCUUUAUAUGCUCAAGUUAUUUGAAGUUUAAAAUGUGGGAGAUGGGGGUGUUGUCGAGAGCGAGGUCUCCCCUCCUGUUGUCCAGGACAAGAUGGCAGCAGUGCAGGCAAACUCUGCAUGGUAUGGGUAUAUAGCUAAGUCCACAACAUGUUCAGAGAAGCCCUGGAUUCUACGUAUUGUUACUCUAUAAGAAGGUAUGGCCUCACAAGUCUGGAUCUACCCACCACACAUUUAUCAAAUCCAGACUAGUGCCUUUUGCAGCGUGAAGAAAGUCAAAGUGGAGCCCAGCAGCUGUGUGUACCAUGAGAGAGCCCAACCGCGGACUUCUCUGAACGGCAGAACCCUUGGCAUAGCGCACCCGAUCAGACUCGCUCCCUCCUUUGCAAUCCGAGACUCUGCAGCGGGCGAGAGAACGUGUGGCGGUGGGCAGGAGUUCCCUGUACAGACGGUGGCAGUGCGUGGGGUACGAAGAAAGCAGAACGGAACAGGAGGAACAGGCCCGGCGGAGGCCCAGCAGCCCCAGGACACAGGGCCAGUCCCCAGGCAGGGCAAGGGGCAGGAGCAGACGGACAGAGACGGGGGAGGCAGCAGUAGUGGAGCGACAGGAGGAGGGGGAAGGGGGGAGGAAGGUAGAGGAGGAAGAGGUAGGAAGGAAGAGACAGAAGGUGACUGGGAAGAGGGCGAUUGUGGAGGUUUGAACUUGGCCGACAGCGCUCAGCGAUGUGGGCUGAAACGUAAGAGCGAGGAGCUUGAUAACCGCGGGAGCACCAUGCAGAUAGUGGAGGACCUGUCCAUGUUGCCAGCCAUGAUGCAAACGACCAAUGGGGGGAAUCCAGCUGGGUUGCCCGCGCCCACGGCUGUAGGGGGCGGAGGAGGACCCCCAACCAAACAGGGAGCGGCGGGCGGAGCAGGAGGUGGUGACGGGGACUACCAGCUGGUGCAGCACGAGGUCCUGUGCUCCAUGAAGAACACGUACGAGGUGCUGGACUUCCUGGGCCGCGGCACCUUCGGACAGGUGGUAAAGUGCUGGAAGAGGGGUACUGGGGAGGUGGUGGCGGUGAAGAUCCUGAAGAACCACCCGUCAUACGCACGCCAGGGCCAGAUCGAGGUGGGCAUUCUAGCCCGACUGAGCGGGGAGAACGCGGAUGAGCACAACCUGGUGCGGGCCUUCGAGUGCUUCCAGCACCGCAGCCACACGUGCCUGGUGUUUGAGAUGCUGGAGCAGAACCUCUAUGACUUCCUCAAGCAGAACAAGUUCAGCCCGCUGCCGCUGAAGGUGAUCCGGCCCGUGCUGCAGCAGGUGGCCACGGCCCUGAAGAAGUUGAAGACCAUGGGUCUGAUCCACGCGGACCUAAAGCCGGAGAACAUUAUGCUGGUGGACCCUGUCGGGCAGCCCUACAGGGUGAAGGUGAUAGACUUUGGCUCAGCCAGCCACGUGUCCAAGGCUGUGUGCUCCACGUACCUCCAGUCCCGGUACUACAGGGCUCCAGAGAUCAUCCUGGGCCUGCCCUUCUGUGAAGCCAUCGACAUGUGGUCCCUGGGCUGUGUGAUCACUGAGCUCUUCCUGGGCUGGCCCCUCUACCCAGGGGCCCUGGAGUACGACCAGAUUCGCUACGUUUCUCAGACGCAGGGUUUGCCUGGGGAGCAUCUGUUGAAUGUGGGGACAAAGACGGCACGGUUCUUCUGCAGGGAGUCUGACUCCCCCUACUCAGCAUGGCGAUUGAAGUCGACUGAUGAGCAUGAGACCGAGACGGGGAUGAAAUCAAAGGAAGCAAGGAAGUACAUCUUCAACUGUUUGGAUGACAUAGCGCACGUCAACUUGGUGAUGAAUCUGGAAGGUAGUGACCUGUUGGCAGAGAAGGUGGACCGAAGAGAGUUUGUAGGCCUGCUGAAGAGGAUGUUGUGGAUCGAUGCGGAGAAGAGGAUCACCCCCGCUGAGGCGCUCAGCCACUCCUUUAUGUCCAUGCAACACCUGCUCGACUUCCCCCAUAGCAACCAUGUCAAAUCAUGUUUCCACAUCAUGGACGUAACCCGGUCUCGUCCCGGUCCUUACGACACACUCAACCGGAACAAAGCCCCCUUCAUCAGACCGGUGACCACGACCACAGUUAACCUGACCCGGCCCUUCAGCAAGAUGGCCGCCAUCCACAACCAAGCUUUAGCCCCCUCGGCCCCCUCAGUGAUGCACCCUGGGAUACCGCUCCAAACAGGAAAUGGCCAGUUUGGCUGCAGCGACUCAUUUCAACAGGCACUCAUCCUGUGCCCCCCAACGAUGCAGGGAAUCCCCACUAACGCGGCCAAGCCACAGGGCUUCUCCGUACGCAUGGAGACUGCUGUGCCUCUGGUCACCCAAGCUCCCUCCAUCCAGCCCCUACAGAUCAGACCUGGGCUCAUCACACAGCAGACCUGGUCUAACCGCCCCCAGCAGAUCCUGGUGCCCGCCUGGCAGCAGGUGACUCCAAUGGCGCCCCCACCAGCCACCAUGGCGUCCGACACUGUGGCAGGCCCACAGAGACUGGGAGAAUGGGGGAAAGUGCGUCCCCAUGGCAACCAUUACAGCUCUAUGAUGCCCCACCACCAUCAGCCGCUCUUAACCAACCAGAUGACCAUGUCUGCCCACCAGCCAAUCAGCAUAGGCAUCGCACACGUGGUGUGGCCACAGCCCUCUGCUAACAAGAGAAACAAGCCCUGCUUUAACAGAGGCAACAAUUUCACCUACAACACCAACACCCAAAACUCAGCAUGCCAGUCCCCAAAGAUGGCCGACACCACGAGGAAUGUCCCAGAGGAGAGAUUCCCGGAGGCGGGGCGAGCUGCACAGCUGGAACCUGAACCGGAGCAGGAGGAGGAGGCUAGCUGCUGUAAGGCAGGUUCAGACUCUGAAGAGCAGUCUGUCUCUUAUAAGCAGCGGCAGGCCAUGGUGAUGUCUGAUCUGGCCAGCCCCACUGUCACUGUCAUUAGUAUCAGCAGUGAUGAGGAAGAGGAGGAGGAAGAGAGAACACGGAGACACUCACUGGGGGAGUGUAAGGGCAGUGCUGAGUGUGAGGCGUGUCAGAGCACAGUGAGUAUGGAGAGAGUAUGUUCCCUCAGCAGUCCAGACAGCACCCUCAGCACCAGCUCCUCUGCCUCAGCCCAGUCCAGCACCUCGCCCUGCAAACGCCCCAACAGUAUGUCAGAUGACGAGCAGGAGAGUGGUUGUGACAUUGUGGAUGGCUCGCCUUCCUCCGACUCCUCUGGCCCUAGCAACAGCCCCUUCACCGAACAACGCUACAUCGCCGACGGCAACCAGAACCGCGGGCCCCGUGUAGCGUGCGUUGCCCCGGUAACGGAGCCCAGAAAGCCGGCGGUGCGCACCAUGGUGGUGCCGCCCAUGAGGGUGCAGAAUAACAACCCCCACCCACACAUCAACGAGACGCUAGGCAACACCAUCUUAGAGUCUUUCCAGUUCAAAGGGCGAGGUAUCCCAGGGCGUCAACCGCCCCACUCCAUCCCCCUCCUCAACCGGCCACAGAAGAUCACUGCAUUCCAGCCCCAGCAACAGCAGCCCAUGGGCUUUGGACAGCUCCAGCAUUACGGCUCCUGCCACCAGGAAUGGAAUGGAAACUAUGCCCACCGGCGCCCGCAGGCCUACAUCCCCCCCACUAUGCAUGGGCACUCCUUUACCCUACCCCACGGCAGCCCCAACCACACUACAGGCCCCCGCCAUCACCCCCACCCGCACGGCCAGCAUACCCUCCUGUCCUACCCGCCCAAUGGGCCCCUGGUCACAGCAGCCCCUGUGGCCCACAUCCUGGCCUCCCCUGGGGCUUCACGGCCCGUCCUGCAGCCCGCCUACAGCAUCUCUCACCCAGGCGGUAUCGUCCACCAGGUCACUGUGGGCAUCAACCCUCGGCUGCUGCCCUCGCCCACUAUCCACACCCAGGGCCAGUUCAAGGCCCUCUUCCCCCCGCACCCCUACAUGGCAUCGCCUGCCUACGCCACCUUCCCCCUCAGCCCCACCAAACUCAACCAGUACCCCUACAUCUGACAGGGUCCCGGAGCGGCCCGCCCUCCAGAUGCACCUCGCGCCCCCCGGGGGCCAAGCGAGCAGAAGGGGCCUUCUUCUCAGAAUACACAACAAACAACCACAACAUGGUUUUCAUGUCCAGAGCCAUGGCACAACCACAGAGAAACAAGCUAUUUUUAUGAAUCAUGUAGACUUGGGUGCAAUUGAACUGUGAGCUAUAAAAAAUAAAAUCACUAAGUUUAGGUGGAGGAUGGUGAAAUGGAGGAUGAGGGGACGGGGGCAAGGAAGGAAGGAUGGAUGGAAUGAUUGAAUGUAGAUAAGUAACUCACUCUCUAUGUGUUUUGCACAUUUAAUAUACCUUCACAUUAGCUCUUCUACCAAUACUCCUCAAAAAACAGGUGACUAAUCGGGUGGCGUUGCUAGGUCAGACUUGGCACCCCCUUAUCCCAGCUAUUUUUCUAUAUUGCCUUCUGAACGUGUGCAAGACACAUCCACAUUUGUAAAGCCAUCCCAGUCUCUAGCUCGAUAGGCCGACAGAUGCACAUGUUCUCCACGGUGGGUGUCGUACCGCGUUUGAAGUAUUUGUACCUUUUCUCAGUGUCUUUGGUGUUUUAAAAAUGUGGAGUCACUUAACCUAUAUAAAGUAGGGUUGUUGCUCCUCAAGCUGCAUGUGAUCUUGCAUGAGCAGAUCAAAAUGUAAACAGGAAGUUGAUAAGUUAGACGUCGCUCUUGUUGUUGGCGUCACGAGACUCGCUGCAUCGUAUACUUGUCCCCAGCCAUAGUGCCUUAUAUAUUUGAGGUGGUUAAUGUUACUACUUAUAUAUAAAUAUAUUGAUGUACUGGACUGCAGCACUUGAAGGUCCUACCAGUCCAUGCAUCCUGUGUGUGUGGAUAUAUAUCCAUGCACAGCCUGCAUGGACGUGAGGUAUCGCGGAUAGCGGUGCUUAUAGUUUGGAUUCAGUGUAUAUUUCUGUGUGUAGUGAGUUACUCUUUUGUUCCUUAAAGAAGGACGGCAUGCUUUGCUGUAGCAAAUGCUCGCUGGUCCGUUUUUAAAUGUUCCUUUUUUGUCGUCGUCGUCCCCCCCGAAUGAACUAGUGUACAAAGAGCAAGCAUUGAAUAUUUGCUUAAUAUUUCAUAAUCAAUUUCUAUUUAGUGAAACUCUUACUACUAACAGUAUUUGUACUGUUCCAUGAAACUGCAAUACAAUCUCUAAAUAGAUGUUGAUUUUCAUUUUUUUGUCUUUGUAUUUAAAAAGUGUUUGAGUGGGUUUUUCUUUGUUCUAGCUGUGUUACAAGUGUGGUGGGCAUGGCUUUGACUAGCUGAGGACAAAAAUGCUAAUUAAUUAACGGUAUGGUUUCUUCUAAGCCUGAGCAGACCAUGCAGUAUUUGAUAUACACACACACACACGCAUAUAUGUGUAUAUAUAUAUAUGUGUGUGUGUAUAUGUGUAUAUAUAUGAGCUAGUCUACUUAGUGCAGAUGCUUAAUAAUGUGUGAGUUUGUCGCGUGCAAUUCUCUCAUUUAUGCAUGUGACAAAGUUAACUUUUUUCCCUUUACAUUAUACCAUUUGUUUAAGGUUUAUUGGUGUCGACUGCUUAUUUUAUACAUUCCGUCAGGGAGAAUAUAUAUAUAUAUAUAUAUGCUGUGUGCAUUUUUCCGUUUGUUUUUGCUAGUUAUGUGCGUUACGUUUUUCGUCUUUUCAAAUGAAGUUGCUUGUGCAGCACCAAAGACUGUAAUUCAUUUCCUGAGCAAGGUAGCUAGAUAUAUUCUGUUUUUACACAAUAGACCUCUAUCUAGUAUACUGUAGUCGUAGAGCUGGGGUUACAUCUCAAAAAAUUGUAUUUAAAAAAAAAAAGAUAAAACAUUUCUAAUACAUGGCUGAGGUUAUGUUUAGCUUUUCCCGGCGAUUUUAAUAAGCCGUAUCAUUUUUCUUGAAUGUAUCAUAGAUAAGCUGCUAUAUGAUCCACAGCUGUGAAAUUAGGUGAUUUCUCUUAGUUCAAAACUAGCGUUCCUAUUUUUGUAUAGGUCCCUAAUUAUCUGAAAUAGAAGUGGUUUUUUUGUGGGUUUUGCGUUCAUGUUUGCAGCGUCAUUGUAACUACUGUAUUGCUGAUGAUGGACGUUAGUUGCAUUCGUUCUGUUUUUGGGGGUCUGUGUGUUUUUGAUCAGUAUUUUAUCCUUAUUAACCGUUUUGGGCUCGUCACUGCAUAUAAAUGGAUGUAUCAAUGUCAUUUCAUUUUUGUAUGUUUUCAUAUUGCCGUUUUGUAAACAUGUAAAGCUAUAGCUUGCAAGAUUGAUUUAACUUCCUUCAUUAUGGUAGUCAUUUCACUAUACACUUAUAAUAAGGUAUGUUAUGUAUGGCAGGAGCACUGUGAGAUAGCAGGACACUCAAUGGAAGGCUUACAGUAUGUAACAUGUUAUCCCCAAGUCACACACCACUAACAAGCUGUCAGUAGUCUGCUAGUAAGGGGUGGUCCUAUUGGCUCCUCAUGGCCCCGCGGGGAAUUAAACACAAUAUGUCUGACAUGAAUUUAGCCCAAGGUGUUUGAUCCCAUUCAAUAUUUUAUAACUUUAAAUGAUUAUUUCCUUUUAAAAUAUGGAUUUUACUCAAACCUUUUUAUCUGUUCAGUAUUGUCACUGUCCGUGACAUGAGUGGUUCCCCUUCUACAUUGGUUACAUAUUGGAAUAAUCUGCCUUCUGUUUGUUUAGGAGAUGUCUCCAUUGUAUCGCUCUACCCUUUAGAAGUGUCUCAUAACAGAGUGGUGUUUAUCAAUGGAAAUCUCUGGGCAUAUAUGUUCUUUACUGAUGUUCAGACAGUGUGAGCAGCACUGUGUUUGUGCCUUGAGAAUCAGAGGGUCAGCGAAAUAGGGACAGGGACGAUGUUAGUCCCUUAUACGGUAACAGUACCCCUCUCCUCUACCUGCUCUGUGUUGUAGGGGGAGGAGGGGUUGAGGAUCUAACAAAAAUCCAUCUUGCAGAAUUAAGUUAGUAAUGAGUUAGUAAUGGCCACUUGACCGAAAAUAACCUACAGAAAAUGGAACGUUUCACAACCGGACUGUCAUUCAACCUGUCAUAACAGGGAUUAGAAAAAAGACUUGUUUGAUAAGCGUUGUCAUGACAGUAGUGUAGAGGGCAUAUGUGUUUCAUAGAUAUAGGCCAACAGUCUCUCUCACACACACCGAGAGGCUCUUUGAGUGACGUGCCGAUUUAACAGUCCUCUCGAUAGUCACUCUUGUUGAACAGCAAAUGCAAUACUUUAACGUUAUGGUCGUUGUACCACCAAGUGUUCUUACAUCUCCCCCUGCCAACUCCGAUACUGUUUAUAUACACCACCGAGUCAGCUGCACUAAUCUGUGGGGAAAUACUACUGACUCCAAGUCUGUCAUUUUUCCCAUUGUCAAUAAACCAAACACGUUGCAACCAUGACAGUCAGGACCAGUGGAUAACACAUAGUGGACUCAUUGUAGGACUGAGUAGUUAAGGAGAACUCUGAACUCAGUCCAGAGGACUUCUAGACUUUAACCACAAACUGUUGCUGUUCGUAAAGGGCUGAUUGACCAAACAGAGUAUGUUAAUAUAAGACAUUAGAGAAUUGCUAUAGAAUAAAUAUUUAGUUUGCAUUGUGUUAAGGAGCUCUCUGGAGAUUAUUGUGGCAUCACUUGAAAUUCAUUACUCUUGAGGAGGAGCGUAAGGUAUUACACAUUUCAACACCAAAAUAUUGCCGGACAGGUGUUUUAUCAACAAUGUUUUCAGUUUCAUGCUUUUGUUAUGACACUUAUCUUUUAUUUAGGUAAAAAGCUGAAAUUACGACAAGGCAUGAACUUGGCAGACCUACAGUGCUUGAUAUGUGUUCUCCAGUGAUAUAAGCAUGUUAAAUGUAACUUUAUUCCUGUGUAAUGGUAUUCACCAGCAAUGCGCCUGCACAAACUCUCACACACUUAAAAACAAAGAUGGAUACAAAGUAUGAGAGAUCCUAGACUGUUUUUAUUUCUCCAGUUAUAACUCCGUAUGACAACUACUGGACACAUGAAUGAACAGUUUUCAGAGAACUCGUAUGACAUUUUUGAGAUGAAACGUAACACCAGAAGACAUCAGUUUAAAAUGAUCAGUAUGAUUAAUUCAUGAUUUUGAAGAAUGCUCUAAUCUGGUGUGAAGAUGUUUGAUUCAGGGUCUAUGUAUUCGUUCAAUGUGAUACUGUGUUACACUUCAAUACUUACUAUUUGGUUUUGAUCACUUCUCAACUUGUAUUCUUCUUUUUGGGCGUUCUGGUCGACUGUGUCCGUUCAAAGUUAACUUCAUGCUGCAACUUAUAGAAUCAUCUGUUUAGAUCACUCAUCUAAAUAAUAGACUUGUUAUAAUCUGAACUGUUACUGUUUUUAAUACUUGUAGAUUUUUUUGUGGCUUUGAUUUUAAUAUUUUUGUGGCUUUGUUUUUAUUUGUUUGUUUUGCUUUUGUUGGUUUUAUGCCACACUAGUUUGCCAUGUAGCAAUUGCGCUGUGCAAUAUUUACAGUACGAGGACUGGGAAAACAAAUGAUCUGGAUGUGAUGUCUCUUAACAGUUUGCUAGUGUUUCCUCUAGUUCUCAGUGAUUUAGGUGUGACCAAGCCUUUGCUACUUAGUCACGUUAAGCGGGUUUUCCAGGUGGCUCUUUUGGUGAGUGUCAAAAUAAGACUUUAUGGUGUAUUAUUGUCAAGAUUCACUUUGAAUAUAAAAAUAAUCUAUUGCUGCAAAUCCA